UAGAGAAAGAUUCUAUCAUUUCAGUAGGUUGAAUUAGUACAAGAAAGUAUUGUUUCCACUGGUCACACUGCUACCACUUGUCAAACGUCACUCGCCAGCCGUCAUUUGUUUUUUGACGUGUACACACGUACGAAAACGAGCGGUGUUUGUUGUGAUUUUUUAAAGAAUAAAAUCGUAACAUUUCAAUUAUUUUAAUUGAAAACUAUACGCUUAUCAACGGUAGAAGUAUUAAUUACUUGGUUUAUUUGAGUCUUCUCGUUAGAACUUGUUCCUGAAUGUGAUUAAACGAUUACGUGGAGUGAAAUAAUUUGGUAGUGAAAUACUCGGUUUGGAUUCUUCUUAGUGAUGUUGCUUGUUUACUUAUGCGUCUAUCAGUUAAUGGGAGUAUAUACAAUGGGAACAUGGAUAAGAUAAAUGCUACAUAACACAGAUUUUCUCACACAACAGUCUGUCAAGUUGUGAUACAAAAUGCGUGUGAACAUUAAGAAAAUAACGUUAAUUGCCUGCUCACUGGUGUUCCUAUGGCUGUUAUUGUCAUAUUUCUCGGUGCUAGAGGUCCCGAAGACCGUUGGCCCAAAGCAUGCAGCCAUAGAAAUAGAAAAUAGGAUAUUAAAACUACAAAAGCAGAUGGAUGAGCAAAUAGCUGACAGUAAUAAACUGUUGGAGAAAGUAAAAAAGCAUUUAAAUAAGAAUGAUGUCGUCAAAGUUGAUGAAUUUGAAGAAACUGAGCCUGAAAUAGAGAGUGUACAAAGUAGCGAUCAGCUAAUACUGCCUGUAUUGGUGAUAGCCUGCGACAGGGUAACAGUCAAACGAUGUCUGGACAACCUCGUAAAGUUUCGACCGAGCAAGGAGACCUUCCCUAUUAUUGUGAGCCAGGAUUGCGGCCACAACGCAACCUACGAAGUUAUAAAGAGCUUCACCGAGCUCGACUCCUCAAUCUCGGUGGUCAGACAGCCUGACCUCUCGGAGAUCGCGCUGCCGAGGGUCAAGGUCAAGUUCAGGGGUUACUACAAGAUCGCCCGCCAUUAUAAGUUCGCUCUGAACCAUGUGUUCGAGACUUUGGGACAUGAGGCUGUCAUCAUUGUUGAAGAUGAUCUUGACAUAUCGCCCGACUUCUUCGAAUACUUCCUGGGCACGUAUCCUUUACUACUCAAGGAUAAAACUCUGUGGUGCAUAUCAGCGUGGAACGACAACGGUAAGAAAGAGGUGAUCGACAUGUCCCACCCGGAACUGUUGCACCGCACCGACUUCUUCCCCGGGCUGGGCUGGGUGCUGCGCAGAGAGACCUGGACAAAACUCGAGCCCAAGUGGCCAGCCGCUUUCUUCGACGACUGGCUACGUAACCCGGUCAAUAUAGACAGGAAGGCGUGCAUACGACCAGAAGUUUCCAGGACUUAUUCCUUUGGAAAGGUGGGCGUCAGUAAAGGCCUGUUCUUCGACAUACAUUUAAGAAACAUUCAACUAAAUAUGGAGUACGUCGAGUUCACGAAACUGAAUCUCACUUAUUUGUAUAAGGAGCAAUACGACUCGUCGCUGUCGGCGCAGGUGUACUCCCUGCCCGUGAUGUCGGCGGAGCAGCUGAUGUCGGCGGCGCCCGCGUCCGCGCCCGUCACCGUGUUGUACUCCAACGCCAAGACCUACCAGCGCGCCGCCAAGAGGCUGGGACUCAUGGACGACUUCCGAAGUGGGGUCCCCCGUACCGCUUACCGCGGCAUAGUGACGUGCUUCGUCCGCGGCCGCCGCGUCUACCUCGCGCCAGAUUUCGAAUGGACCAAGUACGACAGCACGUGGGGGUAACACACACACAACAUCGGAUAUAACGUACGAAUCGUCUAAAGGUAAUGUAAAGUCCACGUUUAAAGACCCCCAUAUCGGGUAUAGGUACGUUUUUUGACCCCAUAUGGGGUGAAGUUUUGUCUAAUUUGUUUGGGUUAGAUUUUGACCCCAUGUGAGUUGGUCCUGUCUUUUGAUACCAUGUGGGGUUAAAUUUUUUUUUUUGACUCGAUGUGGGGAAACUUACGUCUGUUUAUCCUAAGUGUAAAACAAGUAUUGUCUUGAGAAAAAAAUAUAUAAAAGGGGGCUUGUAAUUGCCCCCGUCUCGAUAGACGGAGAUGUUACUAUUUUUAUAACACCUGACCUCAACAGUCAGUAAUUAUGGGGUCUUAUAACCUAAUUGAGGUUGAUGUAGACCUCAUUUCAACCUUAAUGAUCUUUCGACUAACAAAAUGUGGGUAAGAUAUGUUAAUAUAAAGUCAUUUAACCCACGGGAUUCGCAUUUAUUGUUUACCAAGUCCAAGACAUUUAGUGAUGUCCAAUCGUUAUUAUUUAAUUUAGACCAAUUGGGUUGCCUGGCUCAUGAAAUAAUUUAUAUGAUAUAUAAUUAGAAGAACUUGGAAGGUUAUAUUGUUUUAAUCGUAUUAAAAAAGGCGAAAGAACUCAAUUCUUAAAUAGUUUUUUUUAUCGAUGCUCAAAUACAAUAAUUUCCUGGACAACAUAAAAAUAGCAGUACAAUAUGAAAACCAAAUAAAUAAUAAAUUGACUGACAAAGUUUCGCUCAUGAAAAACGCUUUCGCAUACAAAACUUAAUAACUAAGAUUAUUUGAUUAAAACACAAGAUGAUUUGGGGUCAUUUGAAUUCACGUUGAAUCCUAUAACCCCUGAAAUAUUUCGAUGUAAAAUAACUAAAACAAAAAUGAUACAUUGCUUCUUUUAAUAAGACUUAUAGGUGCCCGUUGCCACAAUUCGCCAAAAAAUGCCAUUGUCCUGUGGAGUCCAAACUCCCUGCUGGGGUCAAUGGGAUAAAAGUCUUAGUCAAAUGACCCCAAGAAACUGAUCAUACGAUUAUAACGAGGACACUGUGAGCUACCAA